GGUUCCGUAUUGGUUGAUUUGAACCCAAAGUUCCCCACAAAAAUGGAUGCGCCCAUGGAGAACCACAAGUGGACAAGUGAAGUGAAAUUGUUAUGAAUGUUUAGGCCCAACUCCAACUUUUCAUUAACAUGUCAUUAUUCGCAAUAACGAGAUACCUGGGUGAAGAAAAAGUGGAGGAAAGAUCAGUUUCUUCAACCAGAGCAGAUCAAAUCCUGAAGAAACUACAUGCUGAUGCUGAGGCAAGGAUAAAGCAGCGAGGAGGUCAACAUGAGAAAUCACAGCAGCAAAAAAGUAAAGACCAAUCAGUGGAGGAAUUUGAAGAAAAGGUCAAAGGCCAAAUUAAGGAAUCAUUAGAUGGUAGCCAUCAUAAAUCUGGUCAGAAAUCAAAAGCUAGGAAACGUCAAGAUACUGAUAGUGAUGAUGAAGUGAUCCCAGUGAAGAAGAACAAGAAAGUCAUAGACAGCAGUCCUAGCCAGAGGGGUGAAGGAGGUAAAAAUGACAGGAGACUUCCCGAGAGUGACAGCGAGUCAACAGGCAACAAGGAUGAGAGGCUGACAAUGUCUCAGUCCACUAGCUCGGGUGUAGACAUAGUGAAUAGUGAAAGGAAACUGAAGGAUGAAUCAAGGACUUUGUCGGAGAGUGAGGAAGAUGGAAAGGUGGCUGAUGAAUCUGUUGAGAUGGGGGAUGGUCAGGAAGGGACUUACGAUUGUGGAGGUUUCACAGUGCUAGGGAACUACAAGACGAAAACAACAGAAAAGGUGUCCAGAGUUUUACCUGAUUGGCUAGCCAGUCCUAAUGUGAUUGCCUCUGACUUGAAGCAGAAAACAUCUCUGGUUUCAGAUUUCAAAGGUCUCGACCCAGAUAUACUUUCAAGCCUCAAGGAAUGUCAGAUUGAAUACUUCUUUCCAGUUCAGAUGCAGGUUAUUCCAGAAGUCCUCAGCACAGUGCGCCAUGGCUUCGUGCUGGGCAGUGCUGGGCUGAGACCUCCAGAUAUCUGUGUGUCUGCUCCAACUGGCAGUGGCAAAACCCUGGCCUACGUUCUACCAAUCGUACAGACUUUGAAGCACCGCGUCCUGCGUCGGAUUCGUGCUCUGGUGGUGUUACCAGUACAGGAUUUAGCGGUGCAGGUGCACCGCGUGUUUCUUCAGUACACAAAAGGGACAAACUUGAAGGUGGGAUUGGUUUAUGGACAAAAACAGUUCAGUGUGGAACAGCAUGCCUUAGUAAAACAAAGACUUGGAGGCUUUGAGAGUAAAGUGGACAUUGUGGUAGCCACCCCUGGCAGGCUGGUGGACCACAUCAACAAAACGCCAGGAUUCAGUCUUUCAGAUCUGAGGUUUCUGGUGAUUGAUGAAGCUGACCGGAUUAUGGAGCAUGUUAAGCAGGACUGGCUCAGUCACGUGGAGAAUGCUGUAUUUAGAGAGGGGAGAGCUGCACCGAGCUCUCUAAAUGUCUACAACUCCAUGAAGCACCAAAUGCCACUACAAAAACUGUUAUUUUCUGCCACACUAUCCCAGAAUCCUGAGAAAUUACAGCAGCUGAAUCUCUUCCAACCCAAGCUUUUCACCUCGGUGGUAGAUAGUCAACCUCUCUCAAAGUCUCCCUUAGCUGACAGCACACAAAGGAGGGAUGCUGAAGGACAAGGCAGACAGAAUGAACAAGCAGGAGAGGUCAAAGGUCAAUUUGUAGGAAAAUACACAACUCCACUAGGGUUAGAGGAAUACACAGUAGAGGUGGAGCCUUCAGAGAAGCCACUUGUUAUACUCCACUUCUUACACAAUCUGAAAUACAGGCACAUACUGUGUUUUACCAACAGUGUAGAAUCUACUCACAGGUUGUAUCAUUUGAUCAGGCUGUUUGGGAAUAUCGAAGUGGCCGAAAUCACAGCUAACCUUCUGGCCUCAAGAAGGAGUAAAGUCCUACGGAAAUUCCAAAAUGGCGACAUCGACAUUUUGAUCUGCUCGGAUGCUAUGGCACGAGGGAUGGAUAUAGAAAACGUUGAGUUUGUCAUUUCGUACGAUCCACCUCCAUACAUAAAGACAUACAUCCACCGGGUGGGACGGACAGCGAGGGCAGGGAAGGAGGGGACAGCUCUCACGCUCUUACAGAAAAAAGAGUUUCACCACUUUAAGACCAUGACAAAAGAAGCCAGUAAAAUUAGUAUUGGCAAGUUUAAAGUGAACUCCACCGAUCUGGAGGGUCUUAUGGAGGACUACCAGGCAGCGCUACAUCAACUUCCACAGGUCCUGAAGAAUGAAAAAUUUCCAAAACGAUGAACUCUGAUGAUGUGCCAUCACUAUCUGUACAUGUAUGUUGUCAAAUAAAUGUAUCUCACAUAAAAA